AUGCUUCCCGAAGUCACCUCCCACCUCCCGUCGUCGACCGUGCACUCGCGCCUGCUCCUCGUCACAGGCAUCAUUCCAGUCCCUUCAUUGGAUGGCGACCUCUGGAUCACGACGCACAAGUACUCCUUCCCGGCCCAGACCUUUCCCGUGCGCGCUAGCGCCUUCAAAGCUCUCUUGCACCUCUCUCCAGGCGAGAACAGCUUAACGCUCGACUUCCGCCCUUCCUCUUUGCCGGGAGCCAGCUACAAAUCCGUCUUCGAUGUGACCUACAUCCCGCUUUUACAGAACCCGCCUCUGCACCUCGUCAUCAUAGUCGGCAAGGACUCGCCGUUCCGCUACGACGAUGUCCCGAACUGCGGCGAGCCGCCCAAUCUCGAGACGGCGAUCAAGAAGUUCCGGAUGGCUGCGUACCUCUGGCAGGCGUACACGGGCUCCGAAAUGAACGCCAUGGGCUUCGGACACCGCACCUUCCGCCUCGACGAGGCGUGGCUGCCCGAUACGCUGAGCAAAGUCGACACUCCGCGACGCAGCACGGCGAAGAUUACUGUGCUGAGAUCGAGCUACUCGGUGGCGCACAUACGUGAUCCGGAUCGUGCCCAGCAGAAUAGGGGGGGGAAGGCGAGCAAGGGGCUUUUCGAUAUCGCUAUCGAGGCGCUGAAAGCGCAUGAGGAGUUCCCUGGGGCGAUGAAGCACGUUGCGGCGUUGUUUUUGGACUCGACGUGGGAUCGCGCGAGGAGUCUGAUCAGUGGACAUGCGGCUUUGGGGAGUCAGGAUGCGGGUGGGUUCUCGUUGGGGAUUUUUGGCAGUCAUUCGUUGUUUGCGUGGCCGAGUUGCGUGGAGGCCGUUGUGCCGGCGUUCAAUGAUACUAGGAUGGUGGACCAGAAGUUCUGCGGCGUGGAUUGCGAGGGGAAGACGUACCACAUGGCGGCGAAUGUUGGCAUCGGUGCUUUCAUGCACGAAGUGGGUCAUGGUUUCGGAUGUCCCCACCAGAGCUCGGGCGUGAUGUUGAGGGACUACACGAGCAUCGCGCGCUCGUUCAGCGUACUCGUCCCUCCGUCGGUUCCGAAUAAAGAAUGCCACUGGCACGUCCUCGACGCCCUCCGUUUCGUGCGGCAUCCUUGUUUCGCGCUGCCCUCCGACCCGUUCUCUUCCCAAGGCGGAAUCUCCGCCGCCCUUGUGCCCUCCGGCCUCCUGAUAACCUGCACGAACUCUCCCCUCCUGUUCCUUGAGUUCCGCACAAAAGGUUCCGAGCAUCCCACCAACACCAUCCAACCGCGCGACCAACACUCGAUCGUCAUCCCCCACUCCCAACUCGCAAUCGACAGCAAGAUCAACAUCUUCGCCGCCUCGUCGCACAUCAGCGACCACACCAUUGAAUCGACCGCACAGCUGCUACACAGCCACACCCGCGUUGACCCCAUGCUGGGCACGGUCUUCCGCACCCCCGCCGUCGGCACAGGAAAAGGCACCUUCCAGCGCACGAUGCUUCCCGCCGGCCGCAUCCACUGCAUCCGGAUCUUCUCCGGCGCAGCCCUCGAUGGGCUGGAAUUUGUAUCCUCUACGGGGGAAUCCGCGCUCUUUGGAAAACGCGGGGGCAGCGCAAACGAUUUCGUCCUUGGGCAGGGCGAGGAGGUGCGAGGGUUCGUUGUGCGCAGCGGUGCAUGGGUGGACGCGCUGGGCGUUGUGACAUCUCACAGGAGGGGGGAGAUGUUCGGCGGGAAGGGCGGUGGGACGAGGGAGGCGGUCGUGCCGAACGGCGCCAGAAUUGUGGGUAUUGCGGGCGAUGUGGCCCAGUGGACGCUCGGGAUCAGCGUCGAGUAUGUUUUUGAUCGCGAGGGGGCGCCGCCGCUGCCACCGAGGCCGAUGUGA